GAGGAGCAGGGAAUGGAUUGGUUGCUGUGGCCAUUGAUAAGGACAAAGGCAGCCAAAAUGCUCUUAGAUGGGCUGUGGAACACCUUCUUUCCAGAGGCCAAGCUGUUGUUCUUAUUCAUGUUACUAAACCAACAUAUGAAACAAGCUCACUUGCUCCAACUAAAUAUACGAUGGAUAGGCAAACCAAGGAAUUGUUCCUGAGUUUCCAUUGCUUUUGUACUCGAAAGGAUAUACAGUGCCUUGAUAUCAUACUUGAAGAUACAGAUGUUGUAAAAGCAUUGACAGAAUAUGUAUCCCAUGCUGCUAUCGAGAAAUUAGUUCUUGGUGCCGCUUCUAGAAGUGGAUUUAUGAGGAAAUUCAGAGCCGAUAUUCCCAGCUGUGUAACCAAAGCCGCACCCGAUUUCUGCACUGUCUAUACAAUAUCCAAAGGGAAGGUCUCAUCAUUACGAAACGCCUCUCGAUCAGCUCCAUUUUCUUCUCCACUUAUUGAUCAAAUCAGGAAACUAAAUAAUAAUUUUUCUGAUCCUAACCUAAUUAAUGCUGCUGUAAAAGCAGGUUGGUCACCACCGUUGCCAGGUACAACAAGGCCGAGCUUGUUGAAAGCCUUUGCUGAUUAUCCGGAAUCGGAUACCGAUAUCUCCUUCGUUAGCUCCGAUAGACCCAGCACCGAUCGGAACUCUUCCUUGCUGUUCGAUUCCUUCAUCGAUUCCACCAAAAAUUCACGCUUGUCAACCAGUACAGAUUAUAGCAUGGGAUCGUUGCGUUCAGGAGCCAGGUGGUCCGAAAGUAAUAUACCUCCACAAAAUUUCUCCUCUGUGUCAUUUGAAAGUGGAAGAUCAUCUUGUUCAUCUCAGAAUCUGGAUGAAGUUGAAGCUGAAAUGAGGAGAUUGAGACAAGAACUGAAGCAAACAAUGGAUUUAUACAGUACUGCUUGUAGAGAAGCCUUGACAGCAAAACAACAGGCAAUGGAGCUGCACAAAUACAAGAACGAAGAAGAACAAAGAUUGGUAGAGGCAAGACAAGCUGAGGAAGCAGCAAUGUCAGCUGUAGAAGCAGAGAGAGCAAAGUGUAAGGCCUCUAUUGAAGCAGUUGAAGCAGCACAGAAAUAUGUUGAAACCCGAAAAUCAUCCACUUUAGAUGGUGAAACUCUAAGAGAAACAAUGGAAAUGAAGAAAAUGUUUGAAGCUUUAUCCGAUGGUAAAAUCCAAUACCGGAAAUAUACGAUUGAGGAAAUCGAGGAAGCUACCGACAACUUUUCUCCAUCUCGGAAGAUCGGAGAAGGAGGUUACGGGCCUGUUUAUAAGUGUUACCUUGAUCAUACACCGGUUGCGGUCAAGGUUUUACGUCCAGAUGCUGCUCAAGGGAGGUUACAAUUUAUGCAAGAGAUCGAAGUAUUGAGCUGCAUUCGCCAUCCGAACAUGGUGCUUCUUCUCGGUGCCUGUCCCGAGUUUGGCAUUUUAGUCUAUGAAUACAUGAGCAAUGGAAGCUUAGAUGAUUGCCUAUUUCGUAAAGGGAAAAUGCCGGCAUUGUCUUGGCCAAUUCGAUUCCGAAUAGCUGCAGAUAUUGCCAUAGGCCUGCUUUUUCUCCAUCAGACAAAGCCCGAGCCCAUCGUGCAUCGCGACCUCAAGCCUGCCAACAUCUUGCUAGAUCAUAACUUCGUUAGCAAAAUCGGUGAUGUCGGGUUAGCUAGACUAGUCCCUGCUGUUGCUGAGAACGUGACACAAGUACGCGUAACUUCGGCAGCUGGUACAUUUUGCUAUAUCGAUCCGGAAUAUCAACAAACAGGAGUGCUGGGUGUGAAAUCGGACAUAUAUUCACUAGGAAUCUUGCUACUUCAACUUAUAACUGCGAAGCAACCGAUGGGACUGGCGCAUUACGUGGAGCAAGCGAUAGAGCAAGGAACACUUUUUACGGAGAUGUUGGACCCUGCGGUGCCGGAUUGGCCAGCCGAAGAAACAAUGGAACUAGCAAAGCUGGCACUUAGGUGUGCUGAACUUAGGCGUAAAGACAGACCAGAUCUUAGCAAAGAAAUUUUACCAUUGCUUGCUAAACUCAGAGAUAUGGCUGAUGAGAAAAUGGCUAAUUUGCUCUUUGCUGGUAGUCCUGGAGCUUCUCCUAAAUAUAGCCAACAUUCUAUUUCACAGAGUGAAACGGACUGACAAUGGCGGUUUAGGAUUGAAUUUCAGACACGAAAAAUGACUAGCUGAAGGGGAUAUGUUCCAUGUUGUUGGGUUCCUUUUUUAGUCAUCCAACUAAUUUUCUGCCUAGGGUUUUUUUUCUUGGGAAAUUUGCAUAUUAAAAAUGUAAUUUAACUGCAUUUUUUUGGAUUUGUUAUUUGUUUUUUAUUUCUCUUUAAAUAAAAAUAUUAUUUG